AAACAAUUUGUUUUUAAAACGCAUUGGCUUUUGAACUUUGUUGUUUUUUAAACAAUGUCAUUAUAUUUACCAACAGAAUUAUUGGACAAAAUUUUUUCUUCGAUUGAUGGAAAUGAUAUUAAAACAUUACAUUCUUGUAUAUUAGUGAAUAGAGUUUGGUGUAAUACGAUGAUUCCAUAUUUAUGGAAAAGUCCUUUUCAUCUAGCAAUUAUGCAUCAAACGGAAAAACUUGUACCCGCAUACUUUCCUUUUUUUUCCAAAGAAGCAAAACAUAUUUUACAACUUCAUAUACCUUCUACUUCACCGAUUUUCGAUUAUCCAAUGUUUUUAAGAGAAUUGGAUUUUAAUGAAGUUUAUUUAUUAAUAAGAAAAUGGUGUGACUUU